AUGCAAACGCAAGCAAUCAAUCUGUUUUUCUUAAAAUCAACGCAGAAAUCAGAAUAUACCCAGACAACAAUCAAUACCAGAAGAGUAUCCGUAAAGAUAAGAAAUUCUACGCCGGUAACUUUAGGAUUAUUAAGUACUGUUCUAUGUGAAGAAAAGCAUAACGAAGUCGGUUUAUCAUGGGACGCAGAAAGUUUAGAACAUGAAUUCCUUAUACGGCAAGCCACUACAGUUAAUAUAAAUGCAGCAACACAACUGCUUACAGUUACAUUGGUUGCAAUUCAGGAUACUAGUGAGAGGUUAAGGGAUGCUUUGAAUAAAGAAAUAUGUUUAGUAAGGCAGGCUUUAGAAUGGGGAGAUGAUGCCACUCCUCCACAUCACUGGGAUCAGUUAAUUGCAGUACGUGGCGCUCUUUGUGACCUAAAGCAUAAUCUCAGAACUUUGUUUAGCUAUAUGGAUUAUGCAGAAAAAUUAGCUACAACAGCUGCUGAAAUUUCUUACUUGUCAGGAAACAUAGUGGCAUCUGAUGCCAUUUGCGAAAGGAUCGAUCAUGCUUGCAGGGCUUGCAACACUCAGAAACAAUUAACACAUGACUUGCAACAAGAGAGCUUGGAACUGCAGCAACAGGCCAUCAUCAGUGCACCGCACCUUGAAGAGAAAUUGAAAAGUGAAUCGCCAGAUGACAAAAAGAAAAAACUUACAGAA